AAAUCCGCCUCUGGAAAACAUCCCGGACACGUUGGCGCUUGUGGAAAACCCACUGAGGGAGGAGUCCCGGAGCGCACAUUUACACAUUACACUUAUGGGGGAAGAUAACGUAACAGCAUUUAGUUGUUAGAUUAGGUGACAUAAAUACAGUGUUUCGAUUCGGAUUAUUGGCCACCCGGAUGGACGCACCGGCUUGGGUCGGAUUGAGUCUGGGCCAAAGGAAGAGUGAAGAACAAGCAGGAGUUUGAAUUCCUGAUGGCUCCAGAAACACCCAACACAACCUUAACCUUGCUGGAGCUCAUCUACGUGAGACCAGGGGUAAUGUGAAUGUCCACCCCCAAGCAGCAUGCUCUCAUCCCAUCGCAGAAAUUCAGUGUACAGACAUGUCAUUGGGCCGUAAGAAAGGAAAUGCGCUCUGCAGAUUAAUGAUAUUCAACAUCUUGAUCUGUGUUCUGGUGGUUGUGUCAUGGAAACGUGGGAACAACAAAGGAAAUCCGAAGAGGAUUCGGAUUCCAUCCCAGAGGUUCUGGCGCCGACAGAUAAUGAGUAAAUCUUUCUGGAACAAGGAACAGCAGCGCCUGGACAUGAUUAACAACCCACUUAUCAACUCGGAACUCUCCGGCGACUCCCUCAUUGGGCUGCCAGAUUGGCUUCAUGAUACAGGACCUCUUGACCCCUGUGAAGCGGAUUAUAGGGUCCCAAGGCAAAUCUUGGACUAUAACACCCUGCCAACGCGGUUCCAGGACUUUCUCCUACACAUGCACUGCAGAAUGUACCCAAUGCUGAUAAAUCAGCCCCACGUCUGUGAUGAAAAACCCUUCCUUCUGCUGGUGGUCAAGUCACUGAUUUAUAAUUUUGACCGGCGGCAGGCCAUUCGCCAGACAUGGGGGCAGGCUGGCUUCUUAGCCAAUCGGACUGUGACAACAGUGUUCCUGUUAGGCAAUGCUUCAUCCAUGGACAAUUUCCCAGACCUGCAGGAGAUGCUUGACCAUGAGGCAAAGCUUCACAAAGACCUGCUGCAAUGGGACUACAGGGACACAUUCUUCAACCUCACCCUUAAAGAGGUCCUUUUUCUAGAGUGGUUCAGCACGUACUGUCCUCAAGCUCAGUAUGUUCUAAAGGGUGACGAUGAUGUCUUUGUCAAUACCUUACGAGUUAUUGACUUCCUGGAAGGCUUGUCUGAGGGCAAGGCCAAAGAUUUGUUCAUGGGUGAUGUUAUAAGUAAUGCAGGUCCACAAAGAGACAAGAAGUUGAAGUAUUUUGUCCCUGAGACUGUGUUUUUGGGGCAGUACCCGCCCUACGCUGGUGGUGGAGGAUAUCUGUUCUCUGGGGAUUUAGCAAAACGUCUCUACAACAUUUCUCAAAAGGUGGUCUUGUAUCCCAUUGAUGAUGUCUACACAGGGAUGUGUCUGGAGAAACUUGGCCUGGUCCCUGAAAAACACAAAGGCUUCAGGACAUUUGACAUUGAAAAGAAGUACAGGGACAACCCAUGCAUCCACAGAGGCCUUAUGCUGGUUCACAGCCGAACACCACAGGAGAUGCUAAAGAUCUGGCCGUGGAUUGUCCACCCUGAGCUCGACUGCCAGUGACCUGCUUCAAAAGAUUUUUAAGAUGUCAGACAAUCUACUUAUUUAAUUUAGUAUUUUAAACUAUCAUAAUAAUAUAUUGCUUGAUAUUUAUUGCAGUAAAGUUUAAAUGAGUAUUUCAUUAAAGUACAAGAAUUGCAAUUUUA